AUGAAGAAACAUACUCAUCAUAAGGUUUGCAUAUUCAUUUUUGGAAAAGUUCUGAAUUAUAUAUUUUUAGGCAUAUGGUGAUUCAACAGGAAGAGAACCAUUGAUAGAUUUAGAAAUUAUUCGAGAAUGGCUGGUUUCAUUUGGAAAAGAAGGUCAUUCUUCUGAAGCUAUUUUGAAUAUUGUUGUUGGAUUUGGGGUAAGUUAUCUAUUCUAAGGUUUUUUUUUGCUUUUAUUUCAAUAGAGAUAGUUUUUAAAAAGUUCCAUAAUUUCAGGUCGUUGCUUUUGUUGUUUAUCAAUGCGGUUCUUUGUUGUAUCGAAUAAAUAAACGAGAAGAAAAACAAUUAGAAAGUAAAUCCAGACAAAUCAAUCAGAAAAUCGAUAUUACUGAUAAAAUUUGCGGAGAUGAAAAUGUUUUUAGCGAUUUGCAUGAGAUGGUUAUUCGAGAGAAAAUGGUGGGUUUUGGAAGUAGCCUUGAAUGUGAUCUCUUAUUUUUAACGUGGUAGUUAGAAUUUUUAUUUUAAUAUUUUAAUGAAAUUCAUUGUGAACUAGAUUUUUCUAAUUUUUUCUGACAAACCCCAAAUGAUAUAUUCAAAAAAUAAGAUGUACAUAACUAUUUCUAUAAGUUUCUAGAAACAAUAUAUUUAUUUUAUUCCAGAUCCUCUACCGUACUCCACACCUCGCUGAAGAAACAACCGUAAAAAAUUCGCAAAUAUUCUACGAAGAAAUGAAAAUGCGUCGAAGUUGUCGUCAAUUCAGUGCAAGAGAUGUUCCUCUAAAAGUUGUUCAAAAUCUUCUAAAAACCGCCGGAACUUCUCCAAGUGUUGGAAAUUUACAACCAUGGACUUUUUGUGUUGUUGUUAAUGAGAAUAUCAAAAUGAUGAUUCGAAAAAUGUUGGAAGCUGAUGAACGCGAUAAUUAUGUUUCGAGAAAGUAAGUUGAAAUAUUAUUCUAAUUUUAUCUUAAAAGUUAAAGCGACUUUUUCAAUAUCCAUAACUUUCGUGUAAUUAUUCCAACAGUUUCUCAAAUUUAAAUAAUUGUUUUCAGAAAAGGUGCAGCUUGGGUGGUAGAUGUUUCGCAACUUCAAGACACUUGGAAAAGGCCGUAUAUCACAGAUGCACCAUAUUUAUUAGUAGUUUGUCAUGAGGUAAAACUUUCUUUCCCUUUUCCAAAUAUUUUAUUUUCUUCAGAUUUUUAAAAAUGUCAACAACACGACAGAACGGGUAUUCCAUUAUAAUCAAAUUAGCACAUCAAUAGCUGUUGGAAUUCUUUUAGCCGCAAUUCAAGUGAGUACUUGAACUUUUUGUUUAUUGCGAAGCAAGUUUAAUUUCAGAGUGCUGGUUUGAGCACUGUUGUUACAUCACCACUAAAUGCUGGACCAGAUAUUUCUAGGAUUUUGAGAAGGCCUGAAAAUGAAAGCGUAAGUUUUUAAAUAUUUUUUUCUGGAUUUUUCCAUCUUCACAAAUGUUCUUCAUUAUUCUAACACUUUCGAUUCAGGUAUUAUUACUUCUACCCCUUGGUUAUGCAGCAGAAGAUGUAACUGUUCCUGAUCUCAAACGGAAACCGGUCGAACAUAUCACUAAACUCUAUUAA